GAAAUCUUCAGUUACCCAACCCGGAGCAUAAGCCGAGGCAUCCUCCUCUCCACCUAAAUCACUCUCCUCUCUUUCUCUCUCUCUCUCUACGAAUUUCGCCAUGAACAUACUUAACAAGCUCGGUUUGGGGUCUAGUAGACAACCCAACAUGGAUCCUUCUCCGAUCGCACAGGGUCCCGACGACGACGCUCCGGCGCCGGGAAACCAGUUUGCUCAAUUCGGCGCCGGUUGCUUCUGGAGCGUCGAAUUAGCGUAUCAGAGGGUUCCGGGAGUGACUCAGACAGAGGUCGGGUAUUCUCAAGGGAUCAUUCACAAUCCGUCUUACGAGGAUGUCUGUUCGGGCACCUCGAAUCAUGCCGAGAUUGUUCGGGUUCAGUAUGAUCCCAAAGAGUGUAGCUAUGAAUCACUCCUUGAUUUGUUCUGGUCUAGGCAUGAUCCCACCACCUUGAAUCGUCAGGGAAACGAUGUGGGAACCCAAUACCGAUCAGGGAUAUAUUUCUACAACCCGGAGCAAGAGAAACUAGCACGCGAGUCACUGGAGCGUCACCAGCAACAAGUGGACAGGAAGAUUGUGACAGAGAUCUCACCGGCUAAGAAAUUCUACCGAGCUGAGGAACAUCACCAGCAAUACUUGUCUAAAGGAGGGCGGUUCGGUCUCAAGCAAUCCACUGCAAAAGGCUGCAACGACCCAAUCCGCUGCUACGGGUAAAGCCCUGCUUCGACCCAAAAGCAGAGUACACUUUCACCUAUCUAUAGACUAUAGCUGUUGUGUGUAGAGAUUGCAAUUCUAGUUGAGAAUAAAGAAGCUCAGGCUACGUAUGUAACUUGUCUUGUGCAACAAAACUUUGAAUGUUCAGAUCGUUUAGGUGUAAUGGUAUUUGUUUGGAUGAUUCGGUUUUUG